AUGUCGGCCAACAUAACAAAUUCAACACUACUAGAUCAGACCACUACAGAUAGUGAAAGCGAAUUUUCGUUCUUCAGGGUUAUACAAUCCAUUGUUGAAGCCAUUUGGAAGCAAAGCAGCCUGUCUGAGAUCAAUAAUAGUGCAUGGUCUAGAUUUGGUGCUAUAAGCACAUAUUGUUGUUCGGUUUAUGGCCUUGCUUGUUUAGUGAUGGCUUUGAUUCUAAAUCGAACAUUGGUCAUGGCUUCAACAAAUAGCAUCCACAAUCAACAGAUGGCCAUCAAUAGGCAACGGCAAAUUAGUGGGAACAGAGGAUUGAUAGAUGCGUACAAACUGGCGGCCACUUUGAAAAAGCUCAGCAUUUUCAGCUUUCGUGUGGGUAUAAUAUUGGUUUUGUUGUAUCAAGUUUUCAACGUCUUGACGGUUCUAAAAUUGAAUCAAUACUUGGGACUAGCUGAUUCAUCAAGUAUAGGAUGGUUUUACCAUCUAAUCCCCGGAAGGCUCUUCACAUAUUUGCCGGAUCGAUUUGCAGAUACAAAGUACAUGGCAACACCAUCGAAACAAGUUAUGAUUGGACCCACUAGUGAUAUGUACUGGCCAAUUUUCUUGACAUUUUGUUCCCUGGCAUUUAUUGAAACUUUUAUUGCUUGUAUUCAGGGUCGUAAGCCCUUCACGGAGAGUGGAAUUACCAUAUUCGAACAUUCUUUAGCAUUUCAGGAAUUUAGCAGCAAUGCUGCAUUUUUCUUUAGUAAUUCAUACAAUUAUAAACGCCCCACCGAACUGAUGUUGAUCACUUCACUAUUCCUGAUAUUGAAUCACUUGAAUAUACAUGUGGGAGCUAUCCUAAAUCACAACAAAUACAGGUUAAUUCCACUGACUAUACUUGGGUUAGGGUAUUUGGCUUAUUUUGUUACUGCUUUUUGGCAGAAAAACAUAUUUCAGUUUCCAAUUAUAUUGGUGUUGACAUUUACUCCACAAGUGUUGAUUUUGUUUGUCAUAUUUGUUAGUUUAUCUAUUUUAAUUACCGCAGUGAUGGUCAAUGGGUUUAGAUUUGAAGGAUUAAAUUAUGCCAGUUUCUUUCUGCAUGGAGAGCAAAACCAAGACAAUAUUAGUGAAAAUGAAGUAGAUGAAGAUCAAGACUUGAAUUUGCUUGCAAAUUUUAACAUCAAAUUGAGUGACGAUUUUUAUACAGCGUUGUUGAAUUUAGGUGUUUUGGCAAUUACUCUGGCCGGAAAAUCGAGCUACAUCAAAGAAUUAAGUCUAGUGACUUUGGACAACGAAACAUGGGUUGAAAGACGCCUUUGGCAACAAGUCAAACUGUCGGUACCAUCCGGUGACGAUACUACUAGUCUCUUGCGCGUAUUGAAACAAACGAAAGUGGGUUAUUCAAAUUUGAUUGAGACGCCAACAUCCAAGCUCGUCACUCAUGGUAACUUGAACACAGAUGCAAACCAAUCUACUCGAGAGAAUCCUUAUCAUACAAAUAGUGUAUUCAAAAGAAGGUUUUUGUACUUGAGAAGGAUUGUUUUUGAUUUUGCACAACUUAUAUAUGGCAUAGUCGUUGGCAACUUUAUUUUGCAAUGGAUCCCCAAGUCAUUCAAAAGGUUAUUUGGAAAACGCACAGAACUGGGUCAAUGGGAGAGGCGUGGUGAUACUGAACAGAAUGGCAAAGCCUCUUUAAGUACAUCUUCUGGUAGGCAAUUGCCACAGCUAGACUAUUAUACUGCUGAACAAUUGGAGCAAGAUUAUGCAUUAAUUCUCGCUGGUGAGGAUUUGUCUAAUGUUGACAACUCGGAAGAUUAUGUUAUUUCUCCAGAAGAGUCAGAUUAUGAAUCAGAUAUAGAGGUGAUAGAUCUCACAGUGGGCUCUGACACGAGAGGUUUGAAUCGAUUGAAUGAUAUUGAUACCUUAACAUCACCUUUGCAAGAAAUUUUUGACAAUGACGGAUUAAAAGAGUUAUUUAAGGAGUCAAGUGAAAACACUCUACAGUUGAUUCGUGAACACUUAAAUUAUGAUGGAAGAUUGACGCGCUCAAGAUAUCGCAAGUUGCAUUCAGCUUCCGAUCCUGAUACAAGUUUAAAUUCCAAAGAUGAAAGUGAAAAGCUUAUUGAGUUGAUUAUUUCAAAACGAACUCAAAAGAGGGAUGACUCCACCACUGAAAGUUACAGAUCAAUGGAGUGUGUUAUUUGUCAAACGAAUAUGAGAGAGAUUAUCACUUGGCCAUGUAAGUGUUUUGCCAUUUGUGAAUCAUGUAGGUUGAGUCUUGUCAGCAAAGGUUUUGAGGGAUGUGUAUGUUGUAGAAGAGAUGUUGAGGGUGUUUCCAAGAUUUAUCUUCCAUGA